CCCUUUAAUUGGAGAAACAGAAACCCGGUGCAUUGCGUCUGCUGGAGAUAACUGAAUAAUAUUCUCAUUUCAGGCUGAGGAGGAUGAAGAAGACGAUCAGCCGCUCAGCUUGUCCUGGCCCGAGAGCUGCCAAAAGCGUUUCACCUAUCUCUUCAUCCUUCCCAUCGUCUUCCCUCUGUGGAUCACACUGCCGGACGUCCGGAAGCCCACGUCUAAGAAGUUUUUUCCCGUCACGUUCCUGGGAGCGAUUUGCUGGAUCGCAGGAUUCUCCUACUUGAUGGUGUGGUGGGCUCAUCAGGUUGGAGAAACGAUCGGCAUCACCGAGGAGAUCAUGGGAUUGACCAUUCUAGCAGCUGGAACCUCAAUCCCUGACCUGAUCACCAGUGUUAUCGUGGCCCGCAAGGGUCUGGGGGACAUGGCGGUGUCCAGCUCCGUGGGCUCCAACAUAUUCGACAUUACUGUUGGGUUACCGUUCCCGUGGCUGCUGUUCUCGAUGGUGAACGGGAUGGUCCCGGUGCAGGUGAGCAGUAACGGGCUGUUCUGCGCCAUCGUGCUGCUCUUCCUCAUGCUGCUCUUCGUCAUCGUCUCCAUCGCCGCCUGCAAGUGGAGGAUGAGCAAACUGCUGGGCUUCAUCAUGUUCCUGCUCUACAUCGUCUUCCUGGUGGUCAGUGUCCUGCUGGAGGACAAGGUCAUCGCCUGCCCCAUCUCCAUCUGACACACAUACAGUAUACACACACACACACACAUAUAUAUAACCAUACAAACAUACACACAAAGAAA